AGCCGCCAUCGAAGAACUUCAUUCCACCACGGCGAAUAGUUGUUCAAGUUUUGUACAGUGUCAAACACCUGUUGUCGUCAGCGUGUUUUGUACUGCAGUGUUGUCGGUGUUUCAGUGCAUAAAAUUUACAGCAUUUACUUGGAAUAAAAGUGAAUAAUCAACGCGAGUUGUUACAGUUCUAUUAUCAGUGUUUCUAAUCGCAUCAAAUUGGAUACUCCUUCGCGGGAAAGGAUAUUUUUCCACCAUCUUAAAGACCCGCAGUAUGGUGUUGAGGAUAUGACGCAGCGCGAAGAUGUGCUCAAAUUCGAGCAAGGACGGAUCAAGGCGCUCCAAGAGGAGCGUCUUCAUAUCCAGAAAAAGACCUUCACCAAAUGGAUGAACUCAUUCCUGCAGAAGGCGCGGAUGGAGGUGGAAGACCUGUUCACAGACCUGACAGACGGUCGGAAACUCCUAAAGCUGCUCGAAAUCAUAUCCGGCGAAAAGCUCGGAAAACCAAACAAUGGCAAGAUGCGAGUGCACAAGGUCGAAAAUGUUAAUAAGAGCUUAGCGUUUCUGCACACUAAGGUAAGACUGGAAAGUAUAGGAGCAGAAGACAUAGUAGACGGAAACCGCCGCCUCAUUUUAGGAUUAAUAUGGACAAUAAUUCUCCGCUUUCAAAUCCAGGAGAUUGAAAUUGAUGUCGAUGAAGAAAACGAAAGCAGUGAAAAGAAAUCGGCAAAAGAUGCAUUGCUUUUGUGGUGUCAGCGAAAGACAAAUGGCUACCCUGGUGUCAAUAUUCAAGACUUCUCAGGUUCUUGGAGAAGCGGUCUUGGGUUCAAUGCUCUUAUCCACGCCCAUCGACCAGACCUGAUCAACUUCAACGCGUUGGUCCCCACCAAACACAUCGACAACCUCAACAAUGCUUUCGACAUUGCCAACUCAGAACUGGGCAUUCCUCGUCUUCUUGAUGCAGAAGAUGUUGACACGCAGAGACCAGACGAGAAGUCGGUCAUCACAUAUGUGGCGUCAUAUUACCACACAUUCGCACGGAUGAAGAAUGAAAUGAAGAGUGGCAGAAGAAUUGCUAACAUUGUCGGACAAAUGAUGGAAGCUGACAAAAUGAAAAUUCAUUACGAACGACUUACUUCGAAUCUGCUCGAGUGGAUUCGUAUGAAGAUUGUACAACUGGAGGACCGAAAUUUCCCCAAUUCCUUGGAAGGCAUCCAAAAAGAACUACUCGGGUUCAAACAGUAUCGAACUAUAGAGAAACCGCCAAAAUACAAAGAGCGUAGCGAAAUAGAGGCGCUCUACUUCCACAUCAACACUCAGCUGAAGUCGCUGAACCAACCACCGUUCGCGCCGUCCGAGGGUCAGCUGAUUCAUGACCUUGAACGCAGCUGGGAGGAGCUGGAGGGCGCAGAGCACAGACGGGAGGUUGCCCUACGUCAAGAACUGCUCAGACAGGAGAGGCUCGAACAACUCAACUACAAGUUCGAACGAAAGAGUGUACUUCGAGAAGGUUACCUGAAGGAGAUGAUUCAAGUGCUGUCUGAUCCAAGGUAUGGCAGCAACCUGGCACAAGUCGAUGCCACCGUCAAAAAGCAUGAAGCCAUCAGUGCUGACAUUUUAGCUAGGGAAGAGCGUUUUCACGACCUGACGAACAUGAGUGAGGAGCUGGUGCGCGAGAACUACCGCGGCAAGGAGAGAGUGGUGCGUCGCGAGGCAGAGGUGAUGCAGCGCUGGAAGCAGCUGCUAGAGCUGCUCGACAGGCACCGAGUCAGCCUCGCUUCGCUCUGCACCCUCAUGUCGCUGCUCAGGGAGGCUGACACUAUCCUAGCUACUAUCAAGGAUCUCGAGGUAACAUUCCAGUCAGAAGACGUAGGUCCCCAUCUGCUAGCCGUUGAAGAUCUGCUGCAAAAACACAGCCUGACUGAGAUGCAGGUCUCGGUUGCGAUGGGAGAGACGGUGCGCAGAUUGAACCGGCAGGGCCAGACCUACAUUACUGGUGGCCACAAGGAAGCCCCUCUCUUGCAAGCCAGGCUCGAUCAGUUGAACACUGCUCAUAACAAGUUGAUGGAGAGCAGCAAAGCGAGGAGGGCUCGUCUGGAGGAGGCCCGCAACCUGUACCAGUUCGUGGAGGAUGUGGAUGAGGAGGAGGGGUGGCUGGUGGACAGGCAGCGUAUCUGCAAGGCGGCCAUCUGCGCAAAGGACCUGCGCGCCAUACUCAGUCUGCAGCAGAAGCACAAAGUGCUGAUUGAUGAGAUGGGCGUCAGGAGGCCCAAGUCCGAACAGGUGUGUGAGGCAGGUAGGGCGCUGGUGGCUGAGAAACACCCCCGCCAGGAGGAGAUCAAACAGCGCAUUGCCAGCCUGCAGGAGCACUGGACUGUGCUCAACGAUCUGGCCAACACUAGGCGGAAGCAGUUCGAGGAGGCGGCUGAAGCGUUCCAGUUCUACGCGGAUGCGAACGAGGCAGAGUCGUGGCUGAACGAGCGUUGGGCGUUGGUUGGCAGCACUGAUUACGGCGAGGACGAGCCUAGUGCGCAGGCUCUGUUGGCUCGCCAUCGCGACCUCCAGGGAGAGCUCAAUGCCUACAAGGGUGACAUACAGGGUCUCAACACCCAGGCCGAGAAGCUCAUACGUGCUGGCAUCUCCACGUUGGAGAUGUCCGGUGAGCCAGAACCGGCGGCUGCUGAAGUGGAGGAAUGGGUGAAGGAGACGCGACUGGUGCCGGUGGAGGUGUGGGAGGAGGAGCCCGUGGAGAAGGUGGAGCAGCGAACUGUGAUGGAGGAGAGGGCCGUCGCUCAGGUCAAGAGUCUCUAUCCGUUCAGCGGACAGGGCAUGCUCAUGGCCAAGGGAGAGGUGAUGUUCCUGCUGAUCAAGACUAACCCGGACUGGUGGAGUGUGCGCAAAGCGAGUGGUCAGGACGGCUUCGUGCCAGCCAACUACGUGCGUGAGAUCGAGCCCAAGAUGGUGAAGGUGCCCGUCAAGCGAGUGGAGCGAGUGCGCACCACACAGCGCGUGCGCAAGACUAAGAUGGUCAAGCAGGUGGUGCCUGUCAAGAAGAUGGUCUCCGCCAAAAAUGCAGGCAAAACUGCCAGCCAAAAAGCUGCCGACGAUGACAAUCAAAACGUCGAAAAACGACAAAAGAAGAUUAAUGCUACUUACAAUCAGCUCCAGGAAUUGGCCCAGCGGAGACACGCACUUCUGGAGGAUUCCAUCCGUCUUUUCGGUUUCUACAGAGAGUGUGACGACUUCGAAAAGUGGAUUAAAGACAAAGAGAAAAUGCUCAGAACUGAAGACAAAGCAGAUUCCGUCGAAACUGCUAAAAGGAAAUACGAGAAAUUCCUGACCGACCUGUCAGCAAGCAGCAAACGCAUUGAGGCGCUCGACAACGCUGUGGAAGAGUUUGUGCGCCAAGGUCAUUCUCAGAUGGACAAGGUGAGAGCUCGCCAGAAGCACAUUCAUCAGCUGUGGGACCACCUCAACUGGCUCAAGGGACAGAAGGAGAGGAGUUUGGAAGGAGCAUCAAGUGUUGAGCUGUUCUCACGCACAUGCGACGAGGCUUGUGAUUGGAUGCUGGAGAAGAUGACGCAGCUGGACACGGCUGAGCUGGGUGCCGACCUGAAGACAGUGCAGGCGUUGCAGCGCAGACAUCAGCAGCUCGAACGCGAGUUGGCGCCUGUCGAGGAGAAGGUCAACCGCGUGCAUCUGCUUGCCAACUCAGUCAAGUCAUCAUAUCCAAAUGAAAAAUCAAACGUUAAUACCCGCCAAAAAGAAGUACAGGAGCUCUGGGAGAAAGUAAAGGCAAAGGCUGUUGAUCGCAGAUCACGACUAGAGAAUGCAGUCGGGCAACAAAUUUUCAUGAACAGCUCCAAAAACUUGUUGGGCUGGGUAGGCACAGUUAAAGAGGCCCUGAAUGCUGAUGUCUCAGCACGUGAUGUGGUCACCGCAGAAAACCUUCUCAAGAAACAUCAAGAAGUUGGAGAUGAUAUUCGAGCUCAUCAAGACGAAUUCCAGGAACUGGACGCGCUAGGCAAACAGCUGUUAGCUCGCAACCCUGCUCUGACCGAGGUUGGCGAACGACUGGAGCGACUGGUCGCCGAACGACAGGCCCUUGCUCGCGGAUGGGCGCAGCGUGAGGAUUGGCUCAGGCAGUGUCUCGACCUGCAACUGCUCAACAAGGAGGCAGACCACAUCGACACCACCACCUCCAGUCAUGAGGCCUUCCUCGAGUUCACUGAUCUGGGGGGUUCGAUAGACGACGUGGAAGCACUGCUGAAGCGUCACGAGGACUUUGAGCACAUGCUCUACGCGCAGGACGAGCGACUGAAGGCGUUCGGAGAGGCGGCCGACAAGCUCAUCGCCAACAAACACUACGAUAGCAAAGCGGUCGACGAACGUCGCAAACAGGUGGAAGAACGCCGGCAGGCGGUGAAAGCAGCCGCCCAGGAGCGUCGCGCGACUCUUCAGGCGUCGCUGGGCUUCCAGCAGUUCGCAGCCGACGUGGAUGACCUGCAGCACUGGCUGGCCGACAAGCUGAAGACGGCCGGCGACGAGUCCUACCGCGAUCUCGCCAACAUCGAACGCAAACUACAGAAGCACGAGGCCUUCGAGCGAGAACUCAGGGCCAACGAGGGCCAGGUGCGACAGGUCAACAAGACGGGCCAAUCCCUGCUGCCGGAAGGCAACCCUGAGGUGGCUGCGAUGCUUAGUGACCUGAACGGCCGCUGGGAGGCGCUGGUGACGUCAUCGCUGGACAAAGGUCGCCGACUGAGGCAGGCGGCCGCUCAGCAUCUCUACAAUCGCACCAUGGAUGACGCCAAGCUCAAGUUGGAGGAAAUCGACAACAGUUUACAGUCCAAGCAGGUCGGGUCCGAUCUGAGGAACUGCAAGAAACUGUUGCAGAAGCAUAAUACUUUGGAGAGUGACAUCAACCAAUGGGAGCAGAAGAUAGGUGAUCUGGUGGCUUUGGGACAAGAGAUGGCUCAUGAAGGCCAUUUUGACGCUGAAAAUAUCCUGAAAGCUAGUCGUGAUUGUCAAGACAAAUUCGCCUCCUUGCAAGAACCCGCCCGCAACCGGCGUUCAGCCCUGGAAGAGUCUCUGCGCUUCCACAAGUUCGGCUUCGAGUUGGAGACGGAGCUCGGCUGGAUUCGCGAGCACUUGCCGCUGGCCGCCUCGGACACACUCGGCCACAACUUGCAUCAGGCGCAGUCACUGCACAAGAAGCAUCGCAAGCUGGAGGCCGAGAUCAGCGGACAUCAGCCCAUGAUUGACAAGACGCUUGCCUCCGGGGAGACGCUCAUACAGCAGGGGCAUCCUGAGACUAAACAGGUAUCCACCCUCUGCUCAGGCCUCCAGGACGCAUGGCGCGACCUGCUAGACAAGGCCUCGGAACGCAGUCGCCGCCUGGACCUGUCGCUGAAGGCGCAGCUGUUCCUGUUCGAGGCGAGCGAAGUGGAGAGCUGGCUGGGCGAGCGUAGCGACCAACUCGCUUCCACCGACUACGGCCGAGACCGGGACCACGCCUCUAAACUGCUCACCAAGCACAAGGCGCUCGAGUUGGAGCUCGAUACUUACAGCGGCAUAGUAAGCGAGAUGGGUCACACAGCGUCGACGAUGGUGAACGCUAAGCACCCCGACGCCAAGGCCAUAGCAGGCAAACAGCAGGCCAUCCAACAGCAGAUGCGCACGCUGCAAAAACUGGCAACAGCGCGUCAGCAGCGGCUCAUGGAGAGCAUGUGCAGGCAUGAGUACCUGCUCGAGAGUGCUGAGUUGGAGCAAUGGAUUAGAGACCAAAUGCAGGCUGCUGGCUCCGAUGACUAUGGACAGGAUUACGAGCAUUUGCUGAUUCUGCAGAACAAAUUCGACGACUUGAAGCAUCGCAUCGAAGCUGGUUCGGAACGAUUCAACCAAUGCGAAGAGCUAGCCAAGAAAUUGAUUGCUAAUGAAAGUCCCUACACUGCCGACAUUGAAAAGCAUCAAGAACAACUUAGAGAAUCGUGGCAACAGCUGCUGGCACUGCUGGAGAACCGUGAACAGAAGCUGUCGGCGGCCGGCGAGAUCCACCGCUUCCACCGCGACGUGGCCGACGCCCUGAGUCGCAUCCACGACAAAGAGGCCAAGCUCAGCGACGACCUCGGUCGCGACCUCAACUCUGUGCUUGCUCUCAUUCGCCGUCACGAGGGAUUCGAGAAUGACCUGGUCGCGUUGGAAGCUCAACUGCAGGUUCUAGUAGAGGACGCAGUCCGUCUGCAGGCCCUAUACCCAGGCAAUAACGCCACUCACAUAGGGGAGCAGCAGGCAAUAGUGGUAACCCAAUGGAGUGCUCUGCAGGAGAGGUCGGCCCACAGACGGGAGAUGCUGCAGGCCAGCUGUGAUCUGCACAGGUUCUUGGCUCAGGUUAGAGACCUGACCAGCUGGGCAUCCAGUCUGCAAAGCACGAUGAUGGCCGAGGAGAAGGUGAGAGAUGCAGCCAGUGCGCAGACGCUGAAGGCCGAACAUGAGGCAGUCAAGGCCGAGAUAGAGGCCCGCGAGGAGACCUUCCGUCAGGUCAUGGAGCUCGGCGAGGCCAUGGUGCAGGCUAACCAUUAUGCUUCACAAGAGAUCCAAGAGCGUUUCGGUCAGCUGCUAGAGGAGCGACAACGACUGCACUCGGCCUGGCAACACAAGAAGGUGCACUUGGACCAACUGAUCGACCUGCACUUCUUUCUGCGCGACGCCAAACAGAUCGACACGCUUUGCGCCACCCAGGAGGCCAGUCUCGCUGGCAUCGAUUUCGGUGACUCAGUGGACGAAGUAGCAGCGCACGCCAAGAAGCACGACGCGUUCGAGAAGCUGCUGAAUACGCAGGAGGAGAAAGUGCAAGCUCUGCAGGAGCACGGAGACAAGUUGCUGGCGCAGAACCACUUUGAGGGCGCCCUCAUAGCGCGGCGGCUGGCAGAAGUGGUCGCGCGUCGCGCUGCCGUCAAGAAACUGUGUGCUGCGCGUGCGCAACGAAUCGAAGAUGCACUGUUGCAUGCGCAGUUCGUCAGAGAUGUUGCUGAGGCGGAAUCAUGGAUAGACGAGAAACAGAAGAAGCUGGAGGUGGAAGCCAGUAAAGGAGAAGUUUGCAGUCUUGAAGACAAAAUUAAGAAACUGCAGAAACAUCAAGCCUUCCAGGCUGAGCUCACUGCUAAUCAAGGACGAAUCACCACUAUCAAAGACAAGGGUGACAUGCUACUAGAGAAGAAGCACAAAGGGUCACGUGACAUCAAAACGGCCCUUGACCGCCUGCUGACCGCCUGGCGCAACCUGCUACAGGAAUCCAACAACCGAGGGCGCGGUCUUGAGGAGGCUCAGGAUAUACUCGAGUUCAACAACCAGGUGGAGAAAAUUGAAGCGUGGAUCAGAGACAAGGAGAUGAUGGUGCAGGCAGGAGACAUGGGUCGGGACUACGAGCACUGCCUGGCGCUGCAGAGGAAACUGGAUGAUGUGGACUCUGACAUGCGCGUUGACGACUCGCGCAUCAAGGCCAUCAACUCACUGGCUGACAAGCUCAUUCGCCAGGGGCGCAGUGACACGCGAGCCGUCCAACAGAGGAGGGAGCAUUUCAAUAAUAAAUGGCGAGCACUACAAGGCGCCCUAGGCGAGUACCGCGAGCACUUGGGAGGAGCUCUGGAGAUCCACUCGUUCAGCCGCGACGUGGACGACACGGCGCAGCGUGUGGCAGAGAAAGCGGCAGCAAUGGCCAGCGAGGACACGGGUCGCGACCUGGCUGCAGUGGAACACAUGCAACGCAAGCAGGAUGCGCUCGAACGCGAUAUGACUGCUAUAGAGGGCAAGCUCAAGGACCACGACAGCGAAUGCAAACGCCUUGUCCAGAAGUACCCCGACAUGGCUUCACCAAUUCGUUCGAUGCUGGUCGACGUCCAGGACAAAUGGCGCCAACUGCAGAGUGCAGGACGCAUGCGCAGAGAGCGACUGAACGGCGCCUACACUGCGCACAAGUUUAGCGCCGAUCUGCGUGAGUUGGAGCUGUGGGUUACGGACGCCAUUAAGCGUAUACAUUCGGGAGAAUUACCUGCGACUAUUGCCGAAGCGCAGGCUGCUUUGCAGUUACACCAUGAACGGAAGGCGGAGAUAGACGGUCGCCAGGAAACGUUCAAGGCGCUGAAGGAAUCGGGCCUGCGCCUGUCACCUGUGCCCGAGUCAUCGCUGGCGCGGCUGGAAGAUUUGCGGCGCACGCUGGGCGCGGCCUGGGAGGAGCGGCGCGCGCGCCUCAGCCAAGCACACCAGCUGCAGCUGUUCAGGGAGAAAGCCGAUCAGGCUGAUAACUGGUUGGCCAACAAGGAGGCUUUCCUCAAUAACGACGAUCUUGGCGACUCACUGUCAGGCGUGGAGACGCUGCUCCGCAAACACGAGGCGUUCGAGAAGACAGUGUCGGCACAGCUGGCCACAAUCGACGAGUUGGACAAGCUGGGCAGUCAGCUGUCGUCACAGCAGCACUACGACGCAGCUGGCAUCAGCAGUCGACUGCAGGCGGUCGUCUCCCGGCGAGAUCGGCUCAACGAGAGCUGUAGUCUCAGGCGUCGACGGCUGCAUGAGUCCAGGCAGCUUCACCAGUUCCUCAGGAACAUGUAUGAGGUUGAAGGCUGGCUCCUGCAGAAACAGCAGAUCGCAGGUGAUGAGAGCUACCGCGACCCGACCAACCUGCAGAGCAAGAUCCAGAAGCACGCGGCCUUCGAGUCGGAGUUGGCCGCCAACCGUGGUCGGGUGGGGGCGGUGACGGCCGAGGGCGAGGCGCUCAUAGCUGCCGGCCACUUCGCCAGCGCCGAGAUUCAGGCCAGGCUGGACGAGGUGGAGGCUGCGUGGCGGGCACUGCAGGAGACCAGUGCCCUGAAGAGGGAGCGACUCAACGAUGCCUACCAGGCGCUCGUGUUCAAUAGGACGCUGGAGGAGCUGGAGGCAUGGAUCGAUGAGGUUGAGGGCCAGCUACAGUCGGAAGACCACGGUAAAGAUCUAGCCGGUGUCGGGAACCUACUGAAACGUCACACGUUGCUAGAAAACGACGUCACCAGUCAUGUAGAAGCGUGCACUCAACUGAAGGACACAGCGGCCACAUUCCAGAGCUCCAACCAUUUUAUGAAGGAUGAAAUCCAGGAUCGAGCCAACGAUGUGAUCAACCGGUUCAGAUCCCUCCAGGAACCCAUGCAGAUAAGGAGAGACAACCUUGAGGAUGCCUUGUUACUCUACCAGUUCCUGAGAGAUACCGACGAUGAACUGCAAUGGAUCGCUGAGAAGGAACCAGUUGCUGCGUCUAAGGAUUUGGGAAACAGUUUGAAUACCGUGCAGAGUUUGCAGAAGAAACAUCAGGCGUUGGAAGCUGAAAUAGCGUCCAGAGAGCCGGUAGUUUCAGCGUUGGCCAGCAGAGCGCAGCAGAUGAUUCGUAGCGGACAUUUUUCGGCGGUGCGGAUUGAGACGAGUAUCGCGGAAGUGCAGGAGCGGUUGGGACAACUCAAGGACCAGGCCAGUGUGAGGAGGCUCAGGUUGCUGGAUGCUGUUGAGUCACAAAUGUUUUAUGCCGAAGCCAGCGAAGCCGAAGGCUGGUUGAGAGAGAAGCGACCUCUUCUGACUUCGCAGGAUUUCGGCAAGGACGAGGAUUCGGUUCAGAGUUUGCUGAAGAAGCUGGAAGGAUUGGAGAGGGAGAUCUGCGCCUUCCAGAACACAGUCGGCAGGCUGGCCAAGCUCAGCAAUGGGCUUGUUGAACGAGGACAUUUCGAUAGUGACCGGAUUGGAAAGAAACAGAACGAAAUCGAAGUGGAACUGACAGAACUGCAACAGCUGUGCGCGGUGCGCGAAUCGCGGCUGGUUGCGAGCCGGAAGUUGUUCCGGUUUCUGCGGGAGGCCGAGGAGGUUGCCGAGUGGAUUGGUGACCAGACGGCGCUGGCUGCUUCCGAGGACUACGGCACGGAUGUCGAGCAUGUCGAACUGUUGAUGCAGGCGUUUGACAGCUUCCUGAGCGGCCUGAGCGGCAGCGAGGGUCGAGUGGCAUCGUGCCUGGAGAGUGGUCGCGCACUGGUGGCAGAGGGCAACCCGGACUCGCAACGCAUCCAGGCCAAGCUCGACGAAACGCAGCAGCUCUGGGACGACCUCAAGGAGUUGGCGCAUGCCAGGCAGGAGGCUCUGACCGGUGCCAAACAAGUGCACGUAUUCGACCGCACCGCCGACGAAACAAUCAGCUGGAUCCAGGAGAAAGACGCGACCAUCUGCGCGGAGGGCUACGGUCAAGACCUGGAGACCAUUCAGGCGUUGGUCAGGAAGCACCAGGGCUUCGAGACCGACCUGGCCGCCGUCAAGGAACAGGUGGAGUCGGUAGUCGAGGAAGCGGGGAGGUUGGCAGGACUGUUCCCCGAUGCGCGGGAACACAUCGAGGUCAAACACGAGGAGUGUCUCGACGCUUGGAGUCAGCUUCUCGAAAAAUCGGAGCAAAGAAAGGAUAAGCUGAAACAAGCGGAACAGUUGCAGACUUAUUUCGACCAGUACCGGGAUUUGAUGGCUUGGGUAAACGAGAUGAUCGCGAAGGUUACCGCGCCGGAACUAGCCCACGACGUACCGGGUGCCGAGAUGCUUCUCUCCCGCCACACCGAACACCGCGCGGAGAUUAACAGUCGCGCAGACGCGUUUACCGCGUUCUACAAGACUGGCAACACCUUAAUCUCUCAAGGUCACUUCCUAGCCAACGAGAUCCAAGAGAAAAUAGCCGUCCUAGAACAACGAGAACAACUCCUCAACGACACCUGGCAGAUUCGUAAAACGAUCUACGAACAAAACCUGGAUACCCAGCUGUUUAAACGGGAGGCGGAUAUGUUGGAGCAGUGGAUACAGUCUAGGGAGCCCAUGCUACAUGAUGGGAAGCUGGGUGACUCGAUACCACAAGUCGAGGAUCUCAUCAGGAAGCAUGAGGACUUCGAGAAGACCAUUCAGGCUCAAGAGGAGAAGUUCUCGGCGUUGAGAAGGAUUACUCUUUUGGAACAAGCAUUCCAAGCACAGCAGCAAGCGGAAAUGGCCGCUCGACAAGCAGAGAAAGAGAGAGUCGAGAGAGAAAGAAUCGAAGCCAGGAAACGAAGAGAAGUGCAACGAAUCACUGAUGAGAGGCGCAAAGAAGGUAGACCAUCCAGAGGAGAUGAGGUCAAUGGAACUGUUGUUGAAGCAAAUAAUAGCAUGAUGGAUGAUGAACAGUUAAUGCCUGUGGUUGAAGUGAAUGAGUUGACCCCUCCGCCAACUCCUGACUAUGCUUUGAGUCGUUCAAGGUCUGAUGUUGUUGAUUUCAGAAGUCCUUACAGGCUUGAACCACCAGAUUCCCCUGCUCUACAAAAGUCAAGCAGUAUUUCAUCUUUGUUUGGAGAUCGUCUCAGAAAGGGUGAUAUCAAACGCGCUGAAAGCAUGAAGGCCGACCUGAAGAAACCGCGACGAACGCCGAGCUUCACGACUCGCCGACGAACGCAGAGCUUCCGCAAACUGCAGAAACUGGAGCAGUUGGACCAUCUGCCUCCUGUCGAGAUCCAGGGCAUGCUAGAUCGCAAACAUGAGCUGCAGAGUGGGGGCAAGAAGGCACCUGUCAGGUCGUGGAAAACACUCUACACAGUACUUUGUGGACAGUUGCUGUGCUUCUUCAAGGAUCAGGAUGACUUUGCCGCCAGCCGAGCUGCCACUUCACCAAUCAUCAUAUUCAAAGCAAAGUGCGAGAAAGCUGCUGACUACACCAAGAGAAAAUACGUUUUCAGGUUAUGUUGCACUGAUGGUUCGGAAUUCCUUUUCCUCGCCAACAAGGAAUCUGAAAUGGAGGACUGGAUCAACAAGAUAUCGUUCCACGCCCAGCUUCCUCCCAGCUUACAGUUGCUCAGCUAUGAUGACAACCAUAAGAACUCGCCAGGCAACGAUCGUUUGCCGCCUUUGAGCGGCGGCGACAUCAGCUCGAGUUCAAGUCGCGGCUCGACGCCCGAACUGUCGAGGCGACGCAGCCUGAACACGGGGGGUGGCGGGGGUGCCGCCUACCGGCAUGCCCCUACCGACAAGCCCCCUGUGCCCCCGAGGGGCGCGCCGCCCCCUGUCCCUGUCCGGACGCCGUCCAACGAAACCAUUCCUGUGCAGAUGAGGGCGCGUCAAGGUGAAGAGAUGAUGAGGCCUCAGUCCUACCAACCUGGCGCUCGGCCCAACUCCCUGCAUCAGAAUGGAGACAGUGAAUGGAGGCAUCCGCCUCAGAGUCAGUCUGCUAUGGAUUUGGCUUCUCAUCAUGAAAUGCCUCCACCUUUACCAGCGACUGCUCCACCUAACCGACCUAUUGUAAAUAAUAAUAACACACCUCAGAGGGAUCCCUGGCCUACUGAUGCAUUGUCUUACCGACAUGGAACAGUUUAUGGAAACAUCAAUCCACUUCAGCGACAACCGUCAAACAGCAACUCCCUCUACGGUAGCUCAAACAACAACAGCAACAACAACAACAACUCUCGAUCGGCCACUCUUCCGCCGUACGUAGCGCCCCCACCGGCCGGAGGCGGAAAUGCCAACAGUGCAUUUAUUGCCAACGAACAGAGGCGGCCCAGUGAGAGCUCCAGUGAGAGCGAGCAACCCUCCAACAACUCCGCGCGUAAGGACAAACGGUCCAAUGUGUUAACAAGUCUAUUCCGCAAGAAGAAGGCUACCAAUCUUUGAGAUUAAUUCGUAAUGAAAAGUUGAAAAUGUUUUCAAAAAUUUAAAGAUUU